AUGGAUGAGCAGAAGAUAGAAAUCAAAGAGCAUUAUAACAAUAUAAAGGAUAAGGGGCUUGAGGGACGAGUCCAAAGCAAAGCAAUAAACAUAAGAAACACCAACAACUUUAUCAAGGCAUGUCUGAUAAGGAUGUAUGUCAAGAGAGGAGACUCCGUGCUGGAUCUUGGAUGUGGAAAGGGGGGAGAUCUAUUGAAAUACGAAAAGGCAGGGAUUGGAGUGUAUCAUGGAGUUGAUAUUGCUGAAAUGUCAAUAAACGAUGCAAAGCUUAGGUUCAAUGGCAUGAAGAAGAGCUUUAAGACGUCAUUUGAUGUUAGAGAUGUGUAUGGCCAGCACAUGGAUCUUGGGGUGCAAUUUGAUAUUGUUUCAUCACAGUUCAGCUUCCACUAUGCAUUUUCAAACAGUUUGCUGCUUGAUGUUGCACUGCAGAAUGUGGAAAGGCAUUUGAAGCCCGGAGGGUUCUUCAUUGCGACUGUGCCAUCGAAGGACGUGAUUCUACAGAGGCACCAACAAGGUAGAUUGCACAAUGAAUUCUAUAAGAUUGAGUUGGGCACGGGCAUACAAAUGUCCCCUGAAUCAGCUAAUGAAUAUCGCUUUACAUUGAUAGACUCUGUAAACAACUGUAUCGAAUAUUUUGUGGACUUCAAUAGGAUGGUGGAAGGCUUCAAAAAGCUUGGCAUUGAUUUGAUUAGUAGAAAAGGCUUUAUUGGUUUCUAUGAAGCUGAGUGUAGCAAAAACUUUGAGCUUUUUAAAAAAAUGAAUCUGAGCAAGCUUAAGUGCGAGGAAGCAGAGGUUGUUGGAAUCUAUGAGGUCGUUGCUUUCAGAAAGCAAAUGGUUUAA